AUUGGACCCUUUGAAACUCACUGCAGCAUUCGCAGAUAUGGCAUCCUCGGGAUGUUGGAAAUGCCUCUCGAGGCCGAAUACUUCGCAAUUAAUCCAGGGCAAUCAUGCGGCAUCGCGACUUCCCACAAUUGCAGCCACGGCGGGAUUUUCAACAAGUGCGGUUAUGUCCAAGAAUCCGCUGGCUGCUAAACCAAAGGGAGCGUUUGGACAAAAUAUGGCGAGGGGUGGAAAGACGUUGAAGAUCAAGAAGAAGCCGCCACCUGUACGGACUGGAAAACCUCCUGCGGAAGGAGAGAGGAAGGCGUUGAGGAAGAGAAUCGUUCUCAGUAAUACAAAUGCGUUGGAAGUAGAACUAGAAGAUUUGGGAAUGAGCAAUGUUUCGAGUGAGGGAUUGGCAGGGAAGGUAGUGGGGUUGAGUGGCAGCACGGUGGAUAGCUUAAGAGCAAGUGAAGCGUUCAAGAUUACGCAGGGAUGGAAUUUAUUUAGGAGGCCAGCGGUUUUGGUCCGGGAGGAAAGUGUUAUUUGUGCGAAGGUUUUGGAAGAGGCGGGAGCAGAGAAAAAAACGGAGCGAUUGGUGGUUGAUGGAGGGAGGGUAUCAGGGAAGAGUUUGAUGCUUUUACAGGCUAUGGCUUCGGCUUUUGUCAAGGGCUGGAUUGUCUUGAAUAUUGCGGAUACCCAAGAACUUGUCAACGCUUGCACUGAAUAUUCUCCUGUGCCCGAUACCACGCCUACUCUCUUUUCACAAAACACAUAUACCGCGACAUGGCUGGGACGUAUCGGCAAAGCCAACGAAGCAGUUCUUGACAAACUCCAAUUGUCACAAACGCAUGAUCUCCCAAUUCCUCUCCAAGAAAAUUUAUCCCUCCUCAGACUUUGCGAACUUGGAGCUCAGGAACCAGAUCACUCAUGGCCAAUAUUCCAAGCAUUCUGGAAAGAAAUUACGGCUGCAGACCGACCUCCAGUUCUCAUGACAUUAGACGGUCUUCAAUGGAUCAUGCAAAACAGUCUUUACCGAAACGCUGCAUUUGAAUUGAUUCAUGCCCAUGAUUUGGCUGUUGUAAACCAUUUCGUGCAAUAUCUCUCUGGAGAGAAAUCCCUACCAAAUGGAGGUGCAGUAAUUGCAGCUACAUCACGUAGUCACGCACCUGUAUCGAGAUCUACAGAUCUAGCGAUCGUGCAACAACUCAAUCGACAAUUAGAAGAAGAAAUCACAGAACGUGAUCCUUAUGAGAAGCAAUACGAUGAGAGAGCCGAUAAAGCAUUGCAAAAGGUACAGGUCAUGUGGUUAAAUGGAUUGAGUAAGCGAGAAGCGAGAAGUUUGAUGGAAUAUUGGGCGCAGAGUGGAGUUUUGAGACAGAGAGUGGAUGAGAAAACUGUGACGGAGAAAUGGGCUCUGGCUGGAAAUGGAAUGGUUGGUGAGUUGGAGAGGGGCGCGCUGAGGAUGAGGAUUUAGUUGUUUAUUUGUGGGGCCUGAGUGAAUAAAGGUUUAAAUAUGUAUUGUGUUGUAUUAUGUGUACAAUUAUGAGGCUAGAUUGUAUAGCUAUAUGCAUAGACAUGAGAUGGAUUAGUGGUGUACUUGUUACAGUGGGAUUGUGUGUUCGUUGCUCUGGACGCAGUGUUCAAGUUGUUAUUUGUUUUAGUAGUCCUCUGAUGUUUAUUUUCUACAUCUAGGUUGCCUACCCCCGACAUAGUCAUACAAGUAGACUCGAUUCAGGAUUCAGAAGGAAACCACGAGGCCUUCCUGUGCAAAUAUCAAAGCUAGAUAUACCCAAUCUAACUCCUCACACUCUCACAAAUAUCUUCACAUGAUAUCAUAUCAUAUCCCUUGAUCUGAUAGCACUCAUGUAGUAUUAAUACAAUUUCUCGAUU